UGGGUGAGCAGCAGCCUUCGGGGACUUCUCCGAGAUCUGUGCUCAAUCAAUACUACCGAUCCAAUCCAGCGAUCGCGAUCACAUUUUAAUUGUAGUCCGUAUAAAAUGCAACACUCGUGAACGGCGAAUUAGCGGCGGUGCUCGGAAAGCUGACGCGCAGCAGCGGUGCGUUUGUUCAGGCAGUGGCUCGCACGAGUCAUGAAACCGCAGAUUAAGUGUUAGGGAAGUUCGAUCGCCGUUUUAAAGACAGCAAAUAUCAUUCAGCGAACAGCCUUGCGGUAUUUUAGUGGUUUUAGAAGAUAACCAUAAUGCAGAGCGACAAGCCGGAGCCGAGCGAAUCCAAGGGCGCCGAGUGUCCGAGCACAGGCGACCACGAGAAGAAAGCCAUGAGUAACGUGGAGGCAGAAACUGACAAACCCAGGGGGAUAAGUGCAGUGGCGGUACUCUGGACCUUUGGGAAAUGCCUGGGUGCCUUGCUGCCCGUCUACCUUGCCGGAUACUAUCGGGUCAGCACCAGUCUGCUGGUGUUCGGCAUGAUGAUCUACACGGGAUGGAAACAUGCCCGAGAAGGCAAGGAGACGCGCCUGAAGUCAGCCAUACAGCUGCUCGACAACGAGCAAGAGUACACAUCCACGAGAGUGUCCAAAAUCAAGCGAGACCUUCCUGCAUGGGUAAACUUUCCAGAUGUUGAGAAGGUUGAAUGGCUGAAUAAGGUCCUGCAGCAGGUGUGGCCCUUUGUCGGCCAGUACCUCGAGAAGCUGCUGGUAGAAACCAUCGCUCCUUCUAUCCGAGCCUCAAGCAGCCACCUCCAGACCCUCAGCUUUACCAAGGUGGACAUGGGAGACAAGGCCAUGAAGGUUGUAGGGAUCAAGGCACACACAGAAAAUGACAAGGGACAAGUCUUGCUGGAUCUGUAUAUUAGCUACGUUGGCAACGUGGAGAUCAAUGUUGAAGUGAAACGGUACUUCUGCAAAGCUGGAGUCAAAGGCAUACAGCUACACGGGAUGAUGCGAGUGAUCCUUGAGCCUCUGAUUGGAGAUGUGCCCAUUGUGGGUGCAGUCUCUAUGUUUUUCAUCCGUCGGCCUAAACUAGACAUCAAUUGGACUGGACUGACUAAUUUGUUGGACAUUCCUGGACUGAAUGUCAUGUCAGACAGCAUGAUUAUGGAUGCUAUCGCCUCCUUCUUGGUGCUGCCCAACCGCCUGGUUGUCCCGCUGGUUCCUGGCCUGCCUGUGGCCCAGCUACGCUCUCCUUUGCCCAGGGGUGUUGUACGCAUCCACCUACUGGAGGCACAGAAACUAGUAGCCAAGGACAACUAUGUGAAAGGGGUCAUGGCAGGCUUGUCUGACCCCUACGCCAUAUUAAGGGUGGGACCUCAGACCUUCACCUCCAAACACAUUGACAACACAGAUGCCCCCAAGUGGGGAGAGAUGUAUGAGGUUAUUGUCCAUGAAGUACCUGGUCAAGAGUUGGAGGUUGAGGUAUAUGACAAAGACCCGGACAAGGAUGAUUUCUUGGGCAGGACCAAAUUGGAUUUGGGCAUUGUGAAGAAAUCCAUAGUUGUCGAUGAUUGGUUCACUCUGAAGGACACAGAUUCUGGACGGGUUCACUUCAGGCUAGAGUGGUUGAGUUUGCUGCCAAGCACUGAUCAACUAGAGCAGGUCCUGAAGAGGAACGAGAGCAUCACCAACAAGAAUGCUGAUCUCCCUUCUUCAGCCAUCUUGGUUAUCUAUUUGGAUAAGGCUGAGGCGCUUCCUGAUCCUCGCAACCAGGACAUAGACAUUCAGGUGAAGGAUGCUGACCGUGUGCAGACACUGGGAAACCUGGCCAUCCCGUUGUCCCGUCUCUUAUCAAAUUCCAAUCUUUCUCUGGACCAGUGGUUCCAGUUGGAAAACUCUGGAUCAGCCAGUCGCAUCUACAUCAAUGCGAUUCUCAGGGUCUUGUGGUUAGAUGAAGAGCGCAUUCCAUCUGAUGUGUCCUCCAGCUUAUCCCAACAGCUCUCACAGCAGACCUCUCCCCAUCCUAGCUUCGCUACAGAGGGACUGCUGAGAAUUCACCUGUUGGCAGGUCAGAAUCUUGUUCCGAAAGAUAACCUGAUGGGAGGCAUGGUGAAAGGCAAGAGUGACCCCUAUGUCAAGAUCAGCAUUGGGGGUGAAACAUUCACAAGCGAAGUAAUCAAAGGCAAUCUUAACCCCACCUGGAACGAGAUGUAUGAGGUUAUUUUAACCCAGCUUCCAGGCCAGGACCUGCAUGUGGAGGUCUUUGAUAAAGACAUGGACAUGAAGGAUGACUUCAUGGGCAGGCUGAAGAUCAGUCUAAAGGAUCUCAUUGAUGCUCAGUACACUGAUCAGCUCUCCCACAGCUGGACCUUACCCAUGGGCUCUGUGGUUAUUCCUAUUCGAGAGCUGCUCUCUGAACCAGAGCUGGUCCUGGACCAGUGGUUCCAUCUGGAUGGAGCCUCACCUGAGAGCCAGAUUCUUUUGAGAACUGAACUCAAGAUGCUGAUUCCAAGCAAAUGUCCUGUUACCGCUGAUAAAACUAAGGUGACUGCGGUGUCAGAUCCUUCUCCUGCUAAGCAGAAACAGGAGACAGAAAAAACGCUCAAGUCGAGCUCAGUAGACACUCCUCCCGUGGAGACUAUUGUCUCUUCGGUGACUUCGCAUGAAGAUGCCGAUGCCAAAAAAGAGGCAGCUGAUUCGAUUCCAGAUGAGACGGAAGAAGAAUCACCAAGUCCUGCCAUAACACAGCCCCCUCAUACUUCCCCAGACAUCAGCUUUGCCAGUGAGGGUCUGCUGAGGAUCAUCCUGCUGGAGGCCCAGAGUCUUGUUGCCAAAGAUAAAGUGAUGGGUAUGGCAAAAGGCAAGAGUGACCCUUACGCUAAGAUCAGUGUCGGUGAAGAAAGUUUUAAGAGCAACGUGAUCAAGGAAAACCUCAACCCGGUCUGGAAUGAGAUGUAUGAGGUGGUUUUGAGGCCUCAGUCAGGACAGGAAAUGCAAGUGGAGCUGUAUGAUAAAGACAUGGACAAAGAUGACUUCCUGGGCAGAUUCAAAAUCAGCGUGGCAGACAUAAUCAGCUCCCAGUACUUAGACCAGUGGUACACCUUGAAUGAUGUCAAGUCUGGGCGUGUCCGUCUGAUCCUGGAAUGGGUUUCAACAGUGUCCCAUAAUAACACCCUAGACCAAGUAAUGCAUUUGCUGUCUCUGCAGUCUUACCAGAACAAGGCCGUUCCCUGUGCAGCACUCCUCUUUGUUUAUGUGGAUAGAGCGCACUCAUUGCCUUUCAAAAAAAGUGGAAAGGAGCCCAAGGCUGGAGCUGAGCUGGUGUUUGGUAACACAGUCUACAAAACUAAGGUGUGCGAUCGCACGAGUGCUCCUCAGUGGAACGAAGGAUUCUGCUUCAAGGUACACAAUCCCAAAGAGGAGAUGCUCAUCAUAAAGCUCUCCAGUGCGUGGGACCAGCCAAUGGGAUCUCUGGUAGUUCCUGUGAGACAGCUUCUCUCUGAACCACAGCUGGUCCUGGACCAGUGGAUGCCUCUUGAUGGAGCGUUACCUGAAAGCGAGAUCCUCCUGAGGGCUGAGCUCAAGAUUCUUAACUCGAGGAUGGAUGAAGUUCCACGGCCGACUGUGACCACUGUAAAGAAAGAGGACACCAGCACCCACACAGAAAAGGCAUCCGCAGCAGCUGGCAAGGAGGAAAAAAGUUCAGAGAUGCCAACGCACAAGUCUGUUGCAGUAUCAAACCAGCCUAAAGAACCUGAAGCAAAUCCUGCAACUGCUACAGAGAUGGCUCCUCAUGUUGAACCAGCACAUGACCCAUCCCCUGCUGCCGCACUGGUGGACAAGCCAGCAGUUGCAGAAGAGCAACGCACACAGCCCCACAAAGCAGACAGAGGAGACUUUGAACCACAGAAAAAGCAAACAGAAGGUUUGGGCAAUCUUGCUCACGCCACAGUGGCAGGUCUUCCCUCUGACACUAAAAAGCCAGAAGUGGUUCCUGAAAUCCCCAAACCUGCUCAGGUUCUUCCACCACACACAACCCCGAGCCAGGGCUUUGCUCAAGAGGGGCUCCUGAGGAUUCACCUGCUGGAGGCCCAGAAUCUGGUUGCAAAGGAUAACCUGAUGGGGGGGAUGGUGAAGGGCAAGAGCGAUCCCUAUGUCAAGAUCAACGUAGGCGAGGUUACAUUAUUCAGUAUUAAGCUAAAUGAGGUCAUAAGAUCACAGUACACAGAUCAGUGGUACACUCUGAAGGAUGUGAAAUCUGGACAGGUUCACUUGAUAUUGGAGUGGGUUCCUGCAGUGUCAAACACAGCCAGACUGGAGCAGGUGCUGCAGCUUCAGUCUCUCCAGGCUUUUAAGAACAAAGCUGUCCCUGCUGCAGCUCUGCUCUUUGUCCAUAUAGACAGAGCACAUUCAUUAUCUUUCAAGAAGAGUGGAAAAGAACCAAAAGCCGGAGCUGAGCUUGUUCUGGGUGAAACAGCCUACAAAACCAAACUCUGUGACCGCAGUACCAGUCCUCAGUGGAAUGAGUCUUUCUACUUUGUGGUCCAUGAUCCUAAGCAUGAUAUGCUUGUGGUGAAAUUGUCGAGUGGCUGGGACCAGCCAAUGGGAUCUCUGGUGAUUCCUGUCAAGAAUCUGCUUGCAGAGCCACAGCUGGUUCAGGAUCAGUGGUUCCAUCUGGAUGGAGCAUCACCUGAAAGUCAAAUCCUGCUUAGGGCUGAACUGAAGAUACUGGCAUCCAAAAUGACGGAUUUGAUUGGUGCAGGGACUUUGCCCUGCGCUGCUUCUGGGUGCGGUUCUGGAAACGGGCAGGUGAAGCUGUCGCUUUCAUAUGCCUCGCAAGAGAGAAAGCUCAUUGUCAUCGUUCACGCCUGCAGAGGUCUGUUGUCGCAACAUAAGGAUGGUGUGGACAGCUAUGUCUCCCUCAUGCUGCUGCCAGAUAAAAGCAAGGCCACUAAGAAAAAAACAGGAGUGAAGAAGAGAGACCUCAACCCAGAAUUUAAUGAAAGGUUUGAGUAUGAUCUGCCUAAGGACGAGAUAAGAUUCAGACGCCUCAGUGUAUCAGUGAAAAAUAACUCCGCUUCAUUCAGAAGCCGAGACGUCAUUGGACAGGUGCAGCUCGAGUUGGCUGAGGUGAACCUCGUGUCUGGUGUCACAGAAUGGUUCACUCUGAAGGAUGAAGCUGAAUAGAGAGAAUAGCUGCUUGCUGAUGCCGUAGUACAGCGAUGAAAACGUCAUCAUUCAAAUCCUGCUGCUGCUAAUCACACCGAUGCCUUCUCCUCUGUACUUCUGCACACAGUGCCAGCAUGGCAGCCUUACCUGUAUCCACCCAGCUCACUGUGUUAUAGCAUCUAGUAUAGAAGUGCACAGCUCUCGUAUUCACAUACAACCACAUACAUACAAGUCACCAAAGAUAAGUAGAAAGAAGCAGCUAAGUUUAAAAAAAAAAAAGAAAAGAAAAGGUGUAAGUAAGUUAUGAUUGAAGAAAUUGAAUUUAAAGACUGAACAGAGAAAGUGAUGGAUGAAGUGGCCUGAAGGUGUCAUGUUACAUUUUAUUGCUUUGUUUGCUCCUUGUUGCUGUGAGAGUGUUUUAAAUCUUGUUUGAAGUGCAGCAACAUUAUAGCUUUUAGUUGAUUUUCAUGUAUCACUCAUGAAUUUUAAUGCCAUUUCAGUAUUUUAAUCUUGUUUUGUUUACCAGCUUAAGGUGGAUUUUUUUAUAUUUCACAUUGCCACGCAGCUUUUGAGAGUGCCUUUGGAAAUAGUUUUUGUAUGGUUAUUUUUUUACAGCUAAGGAUGUGUUACACAUAUUUUCCCAGUUAUGCUUUAAUUUGUGUAUAUUUGCAAAGGUCGUUGAUCAGGUGGGAAAUGUUUGUGGAAAGAUGGCAACAAAAAUAAACUGAUUUUGCACAGCUCA